UCACACCACGCUUUCUUCAUUUUGUUUUGUCCUUUUCUCUCUCAGUUCCCUCUGCGAUGGCCCUCUUCGCUGCAAUGUCCUACACUCCACUGUCGCUCUCCCUGUCUCGUCUUCGUCCUCCCACAAAUCACAGGCGAUUUUCGCCUUGUCUCGCUUCCGUGAGCUCAUCAUCUCAUGAAUCAUCACCGCCGCCCGCCGCCACCAUCUCCUCCUACUGAAACCAUCUUGUCUUCGAACCCACCAUCAAAGCCCCUUGUUGAGUCCUCUAGACCCCUCAAUUCCACCUUCAACUAUGCCCUCCCUGACCCCAAGGCCAGCCCAGUUGUUCGGUUUGUUCGUUCCUCUGAGUCAUCCAUUGAAAGGGUAAUUUUUGACUUCCGCUUCUUGGCACUUCUUGCUGUUGGGGGCUCAUUGGCCGGUUCAUUGCUGUGCUUUCUGAAUGGUUGUGUUUACAUUGUUGAUGCAUACAAAGUUUAUUGGACAAGCUGUGUCAAAGGUAUUCACACAGGAAAGAUGGUACUCCGACUAGUUGAAGCUAUUGAUGUCUAUCUUGCUGGGACCGUCAUGUUAAUAUUUGGCAUGGGCUUGUAUGGAUUGUUCAUAAGCAAUGUGCCUCCUGAUGUUCCUCCCAGUGUGGAUCGUGCUCUCAAAGGAUCUUCCUUAUUCGGGAUGUUUGCUUUGAAGGAGAGGCCAAAAUGGAUGAAAAUCAGCUCACUCGAUGAAUUAAAAACAAAAGUAGGACACGUUAUAGUGAUGAUUCUUCUGGUAAAAAUGUUUGAGAGGAGCAAAAUGGUGACAAUAGCCACUGGCAUGGAUCUACUGAGUUAUUCUGUAUGCAUUUUCCUAUCGUCGGCUUCCUUGUACAUUCUCAAUAAUCUGCACAAGGCUGAAUAGAAAACCAGUUACCGCCAACAAAACGUAUUACUGCAAACAAUGUGAUACUGGAUUACUGAUUCAUUGUUGUAGAUAUUUGUAUAAUAAAAAGUCGUUUAUUCUCC